AUCGGUCGCACACUGAACUCUCUCUGAUCGCGCUCGAUUGCAGGUCACCCCUCGACCUCGUGAAAUCCGCCGCCGUUCAUUUUUAGAUCAUCUCCUUUCCCUUUGCAUUCAUAAUCCCCCCGAACCCAUGCGGCGUCUCUGCUUUGCCUUCCCGUCGCGCCUAGGUUUCGGGCGGAAGAAGCUGAUCCCGGCGGCGAGGUCGCUUCUCCUACCGUCCUCCCUCCCUCUCCUAUAACCACUAUCGUAGAUCAGUUCCGGAAGGAUUCGCGACUUUAAGACGGCGCGAGAUUUGGUGGUGGGGAUGGUGUUAGACACGGGAAAGUCGAUAAAUUGGCGGUGAAGAGCUGGCGGAGGGUCGCUGGUGGUUAGAGAUGUUGAAGACCGGUUCUAAUGCUCGCGAUAGAAGUGGGGCAGCGAACGCUAACCCUAACCCUAAAACGAGUGCAGCGUUUGAGCCUAACUCGAAGGCUUCUUCCAAGAUUCCUUUGCCAAUCUCUGGCAGCAAAAAGAGGUUGGAUAGCACAUCGACCUCGGCGCUUCCUAGCAAGGAGGCUCAUUUUAACGACAAGCCUACUCUAGGGAGUGAAGAAACUGAUCUUAGCACUUCAGAAGGAGAAGAUUCAUCAUGGAUUACCUGGUUUUGUGGGUUGAGAGGUAAUGAGUUACUCUGUGAAGUUGAUGAGGACUACAUACAAGAUGAUUUCAACUUAUGCGGCCUUCAAGGACUAAUUCCGUUUUAUGAUUAUGCCUUAGACAUGAUAUUGGACAAUGACUCACUAAGUGGUGAUAUUGAUAGUGAAGAGCAUAGUGAGAUUGAAUCUGCUGCUGAACAACUCUAUGGUCUCAUACAUGCUCGUUAUAUUGUAACCAGCAGAGGACUAAAUGCAAUGCAUGAGAAGUACAAAAAAGCAGAUUUUGGGUGUUGUCCACGAUUUUUUUGUGAGGGACAACCAUGUUUACCAGUGGGUACAUCUGAUAUUCCUCACAAUGGAUCUGUAAAGAUCUACUGCCCUAAAUGUGAAGAUAUUUAUCUUCCAAGAUGCAAAUACCAGAGUAACAUUGACGGUGCAUGCAUUGGCACAACUUUUCCUCACCUGUUUCUGAUGACAUUCCCUUCAGCAAAACCAUCAGCUUCAGUUCAGCAAUACGUGCCAAAGGUUUUUGGUUUUAAAUUGCACAAGGAUUCUACAUGAUCCUCCCACUUUCUAAUCUUGGUAGUAGAGAUUUCAAGCACGUUUGCAUUGGCAGAGAAGAGGGUAGUGUCUCAUGGUAACUGUCUUUGACGAAUAUUGAUGUAACCUAGCAGGAUUUGCUUUUCAUCGGCGAGUUCGUUGGAUUCAUUGUGUAGGAAGGGCGUUCAUGAAUGCUCUCUUUUUAUGGCUUCCUCGCAAACACUAAAUUUUUAACGCUGAUGUCUCUUACCCUACAAGUGUCUCAGACUCACCUUGCCAUAGUUGUGCUGUUUGUUGGUUCGUUUAAAGAAUUACUCGUGUUUUCUCUGUGCUAAUUUCUGUCUGUUCUACUUAUUUACGGCACUUACAUUUUAAUAUGCAUCGAGUGAGAUAUGGGUAGCA